AUGCGAAUUAGUUCAGCUCUGUGUUGGUCAGUAUUGCUAUUAGUAGCACUUCUUACUCACCAUGUCACAACCAAAGGAGGUCGUGGAGGAGCAAGAGGAGGAGCCAGAGGAUCAUCUCGUGGGACAUCUCGUGUUCAUGCAAAGAGCUCAACACGUUAUGGAUCAUUUAGGGUGGCUACCGGAGCAGCAGCUGCAGGAGCAGUGGCGGGAGCAGCAGCUGGAAUGGCUGGGAGGAGAAGGUGGAGAUAUGAUGACAGUUCAGAAGAGAGGAUGCAGUGGGGGAACCGCACUGAUGAAGGCAUCUACAGCUAUAGGGCAUGGACCUCUGGGGUUAAAACCCUCUCUGCAAGCAUUGCCAUCACUUUGACCCCUCUUUUUACAACCAGUUUCAGGUUGUAUUUAUUUCUAACAUAUAUUUCUAUGCCACUGGGUGGAAGCCAACAUUUUUAG